AUGAUGAUGCAGAACAAGAUUCAGCUUGUUGUUUUUCUCGCAGGAAUCGUGUCGAAGGCGUCUGGAGAGCCGUAUCGGUUCGUCCUGAUCCAAGACCCAAAGACCUGGACAGAAGCUCAGUCGUACUGCAGAGAGAUAUACGUGGAUCUGGCGACGGUUCAGAGCGACGAAGACAGAGCCAAACUGAAGGAGGCAGCGAACGACGAGAACUUUCAGUCUUUCGCCUGGAUUGCACACGGCCAUCAGCUUCAUGAAGUGGGAGUCCUGGGAGCCGGACUUGUCCAACACAAACGCGCCUGCGUGACCGUCAAUAAAUUUGGAAAAUGGGGUGAUGAUUACUGUAAUAGUCCAAAAUACUUCUUUUGCCUAACUGACAAACAGGACAAGCUCCAGGACAAGUUUCAGUACAACGAAAAGAGCAUGAGCUGGAAUGACGCUCAAGCGUUCUGCAGGACGCACGAAAGAGACCUGGCCACCAUUACAAACGACGCAGAGAACACGUUCCUCGCUAAAGUGAUUUGGGGCAAGGGCGACUGGAACGCCUGGGUCGGCCUGCACAAGAACCUGUCGCAGUGGUACUGGUCAGACGCGGCCGGCGUGACGGGGUCUUCCGUGGAGUGGGUGAAGCGGGUCAGUACCAGCGCGGUUAAAGGCUGUGCGAGAGCCGACACCGACGGACUGAUGGCCGACGACAACUGUUCGCUUCCACUGCCCUUCUACUGCCGCGAAAACACCAAAAUACAGAGACUGAGGGUCACCGUCAAAUCAGACGGACAUCUGGACGAAUCGGCAGUGAGGGAGGCCAUAGACACGAAGAUGAAGCAGAUCUUCUUGGAGGAUGACAUCUACAGCAUGACGUGGAGCGUCCAACCUAACGGGAAGAUCUUCCAGCAGCAGAUCGAAAACACCUCACAGGAGACAGCGGCGGCGUGUGAAGAUGUCGGUCCGAUGUAACGGAUAACCAGACAGGAAUUUAUAAUAAAUGAGAUUUUAUGUUUAACACCAUCACUGAAGUCGUACAGCUGGUGAUUGGUUUUGCAUACAGUACAGGCGCUUAUGAACGUGAAUAAGAUCAACCUCAUUUAUAAAAGGCAUUUGAAAUAUUACUAUCAGUUUUUCGCACUAAAAAAAGUCAGCUGUACUUAGUGUCCAUGCAUGCAUUGGUUUUAAUCAAUGAAUCUAUCACAAAAAUAAUAGUCUAGUGUAUUAUUUUCAUCCUGCGACCGCUCCAGUGUUUAGAGAUGUCGUCAAACUUCCUACAUCUACUGUAAAACUAAAUUUAUUGAUCAGCAAUAAUAUAAACGCAAUAAACUGUUUUAGGUCCCACUUUAUAUCAGGCGACCAUUAAAUACUGUGUACUUGCAUUUAAAUUAAUCUUUUGUGUACGUUCAGUCUUAUCUUCUGGUGUGGUUUCGGUGGAUGUUUGUCUUCACGAGGGAGAAGGUAGAUGUAGUGAAGCUGAAGUCAG